CCAGCUUAAGUGUCUAUUUAUACAGUGUUUUGUCAUUGAGAGCUCACUGAUAGUCAUCAUGACCAUCAUCUCUCUGCUCCUGCUGGUUUCUCUGGUGCCACACCUGACCUUCACUGCUCGUGUGGGUAUAGAGGGUGGCACUGAAGCAAAACCUCACUCCAGACCUUACAUGGUUUCUCUUCAGAAACACAGCCAGCACUCCUGUGGUGGAUUCCUCAUUACUGAAGAGUUUGUCUUGACUGCUGCACAUUGCUGGAAAAAAGGUGAUGUCAUCAGGGUUGUGACUGGCGCCCAUGAUUUGAGUAAAAAUAGUAUUUACAACUCCUUUAAAGUGGAAUCCUACAUCCCGCAUGCAGAAUUCAAACUGAAUUCUGACCGGAAUGACAUCAUGCUUUUGAAGCUAAAUAGAAAAGUCAGACUGAGCUACAAUGUUGGACUGAUAUCAUUACCAAAGGAUGGAGAAGAUGCUGAAGCAGAUACUCUCUGUAGUGUUGCUGGUUGGGGUGAUCUGUGGAAGAAAGGCCCUGAGACUGAUCGUCUAAUGGAGGCAGAGACAGUUAUAGUGAAUGAUGCCGAGUGUGAACGUAGAUGGGAACCUCUUUAUAAGGCCUCAAAGAUGAUCUGUGCUUAUGGCCAUGGCGGAACCUGCAAUGGGGAUUCUGGAGGUCCUUUGGUUUGUGGAGACACUGCUGUUGGUAUCACUUCUUUCGGUGACCGUUAUCUCUGUAAUUCACGUUUGCGUCCUAAUAUGUUUACUAGGAUUUCAGCAUAUCUCCCAUGGAUCCAAAACAUAACCGGAAAUGUUUAGUGACUUCAUGAAAAGUAAAUACAAAAUGAUCAAGUGUUUUUUUUUUCAUGAAUUCUUCCACAAAUCUUUCAAUAAACGUAUGAAAUGACAAGCAUCAA